AUUAUUACUAGACCUUAAAGUGAAAUAAUGAUAUCAUAAUCUCUGAGAAAAAACAAGAAAAGUCCCUUGAAAUUACACCAUGAUCGAAAAUAAUAAGGUCACUAGCUUCUGCGAGGAAACGUCAGCGUGUAGAGAUGAAGCAUUGUACUUCCUCGAAUGCUUCAGCUGGAAUCUGGACGACGCCAUCUCUGGUUUCCUUGGUGAUCAGCUUCCUCCACUCAAAAGGUUUCCUCGGUCACAAGGACGGAGGUUGAAGGAAUUGAAGUAUCGAUCUCGACUUCCUUUGAAACGAAGGCACUCCUCUGCUACCUCUGUCUCAGGAUCUAAGAAUAAGAUGGUCCAAGAUGAAAUGACCAUAUUGAGAAGCUCUUCUUACACCGCUGCUUUGGCCAAGAGUGUGGAUGAUGGUAGAGAGCUUGAUGACUCUGAUGUUGUACCCCAUAGACAAAAAAUAGUGUCUAUAUAUAAUCCUGUGAAGCAAGAGUUUAAACAAGAGGGAGCAUCAUCAGCCACAGCUACAAUGAUUUGUGAACCCACUUCCAUAGAAAUUGACUUUCCCUGCUCGGACUCUGAUUAA